AUACUUUGAGAUGGCAUGUCCUCACUUGUCCUCUUCGGAGUUCGGUGGCACCAGCAACAGCAGAGGAAGGCAAGAGGGGGCAGAGGAUUGCACCAGCAGCAAUGCAGGAGCAGUGGCCCAAGCUACCAGAAAGUGAGAUGCCGCUUGAGCUGUGGUGUGGUGUUUAUCGUUCCCCCCGGUCGCCCAAUCAUCACCAUCGCUUCCAAGAAUCAAAAUCUGCAAAUUGUCUGCUUCGACGUCAAUGCUCUGAACAAUGAGAAAUUCCCUCUUGCAGUGCCACUGUUUUUUCAAAACUGGAUACUCAUGAUCAUGUCAUUGGCAAGAUGGAACCAAAUUAUUGAUGCUUGGAUUGAUGGAGUUUAAUGAUGGUUUUAUAAACAUGUACUUUGAUGAUACUUUUUGUAUGAAUGAUUGAGAUAAUUUUUAUGCACUAUUUCCCCAUCUCCAUAUAAUGUUUUAUAGAUGUGUUGAUUAC